AUGAACUGGGUCAAUGCUUCUCGAUUACCUUCUCGAGAUCCGGCAAGUGCUUCUCGAUUACCUAUGCGAGAGCUACCCGAGGCUGCGUACAACACCAUUCACUGGAUCAACGAGGCUAUGAACUUGCGAAAUGCCGGUAUGCCGUUAUCUGCAUAUCGCCUUCAUCUUGAAGCAAACACCGCCACCGCCCAGCGUGUUUGGAAUGCUAUCAAGAGGCUUGCGGCACUUGCUUCUGCGAACCAACGUCGCUAUCACGAGAAUGAGGAUCAUGUUCCCCUCUUCGAUGAAAUAACCCCCGACAAUCCCGAGUUCGCCUACAACGCACGUCAAGAGCGGCGCCUUGUUACUUACGCACUCUGGAGGAAUUCGAAGAGGAUGCUCAACGUAUAG